GUAUGGAAGUGUUUUUUUGAAGGGUUAAAAUCACUUUUAUCAUUUCAAAUCAUCUGAAAAUACUUUUAAAUCAUUCAACAUCGAUGUUAAUAGCAUGAAAAAUACAUUUAAAAGUGAAAGUAAAUAUUGAAUCGAUUUUGAGUGAUUAUAAAUGGUUUUAUAUAUGAGAAAAGCUAUUUUAAUUAUUUCAAAAUUACUCUCAAAUAGGAUAUCGUGGCUUUAGUCAUUUGGUACAAACUUGAAAAUUUAGAGAUUAAAUUAUAAUUUAACUUAGAUGGUAUGACUUUAUGAUCGAAUGGCUUGUUGUUUCAAAUAGAUUACGCGUGAUCAUAUAAGUGGUGCUCUAAUAUCCCUAGAGACUAUGUGUAUGUGUAAUGGUGAGGUUAACUCUAGGGAUCAUUUAUUCACUACCUUUUUAGCAAGGUUAUUUGGGGAGACGCACAUUUAUGAGAAAGAUGCUCUCAUUGGGGUAUGAAACUCAGUUGGGUUCGUUACUUUAGUGUCAGUAAUCACGAGGAGUAAGGUCUGAAAAGUCUCUUGAUAUGAUUUUUUUGUGAGUUUUUGUCACUGUUUUUUUCCUUUCUUUUUUUGUAGUGAUUUAUUUGUGUCUUAUCUUAGAGUGCAAGGUUGGAUUCUCUUUCUAACCCUCCAAUUGGUUCAAGAAAAAAAUGUUUAUAAAUGAAUUAUUUAAAAAAAAUUAAAAAAUUUGAUACUUUCAAAGAAUGGAUCUUCUUUCACAAAGAUCCCCAAAAAACAUUGCCAAUCUCUGUGGGACUCUUUGCACCUUCUUGUGGAGUUCAAUGUCCGUUCCGUUGCUUAGACGAACCCUCUGGCCGAUCCGAAACUCCACCUUUAACCUCCCAUUUUCACAUUCCUUCUUCUCAUCCUCACCGCCCGGCGAACCUUCGCCGUCGACGAAACCCUCAAUCUCCACCGUUGUUUCAGUUCUCACUCACCACCGCUCAAAAUCCCGCUGGCGAUUCCUGAACUCCCUCUGUCCCGACGGCUUCGAUCCUGGCGAGUUUUCCGAUAUCCUUCUCCAAAUCAAGAACAAUCCUCAUCUUGCCCUCCGCUUCUUCCACUGGACUCAGAACAAAUCCCUCUGCAAUCACAAUCUCGUUUCUUACUCAACCGUCAUCCACAUCCUUGCCCGCGGCAGACUCAGAACUCACGCCAAGGAUGUUAUUCAGACAGCCAUUAGGGCUGCGGAGCUCGAAGAUGGGGAUGAUUGUUCCAAAUGUGAGCGGUUUUCGUCUUCGAGGCCCUUGAAGCUGUUUGAAACCCUCGUCAAGACGUAUAAACGGUGUGGCUCUGCCCCCUUUGUGUUUGAUUUAUUGAUUAAAGCUCUUUUGGAUUCUAAAAAGCUCGAGUCAGCCAUUCAAAUUGUUAGAAUGUUACGGUCUCGUGGGAUUAGCCCACAAGUUGGUACGUUGAAUUCGUUGAUUUUGUUGGUGUCAAAAUUCCAGGGAGCUAAUGCAGGUUAUGCAAUUUUUAAAGAGGUUUUUGGUUUAGAUUGUGAAAUUGAGGAAGAAAAUGUGAAAUUGAAGGCUGGAGUUAGUCCUAAUGUUCAUACUUUUAAUACAUUAAUGGAGUGUUUUUAUCAAGAUGGGUUAGUAGGGAGGGUGAAGGACAUAUGGGAUCAAUUAGCUGAUUCAAAUUCAAUUCCAAACAGCUACAGUUAUAGUAUUCUGAUGGCAGUUUUCUGUGAAGAGAAAAGAAUGGGAGAAGCAGAGGAGUUGUGGGUAGAAAUGAAAAUAAAGAAGUUGGAGCUUGAUGCUGUAGCUUACAAUACUAUAAUUGGAGGAUUUUGUAAAGCAGGAAAUGUUCAUAGAGCUGAAGAGUUUUAUAGAGAAAUGGAACUCAGUGGAAUAGAGAGUACUUUCUCCACCUUUGAACAUCUCAUCAAUGGCUAUUGUGAGACUGGAGAUGUUGAUUCUGCAUUACUUGUGUAUAAGGAUAUGCGCAGGAAACGUUUUACUCCUAACGCGUUGAUACUGGAAGAACUUAUUAGAGGGUUGUGUGCUGAGACAAGGCUUUUAGAAGCUUUAGAUGUUUUUUGUUUUGCUAUAGAAGACUCUAACUUUUGUCCCACACUGGAAACUUAUGAACUUCUGAUAAAUGGGUUGUGUCAGGAAGGGAAAAUUGAAGUUGCAUUUAAGCUUCAAGCACAGAUGGUAGGGAAAGGUUUUAAGCCAAAUUUGAAGAUUUACCAAUCGUUUAUCGAUGCAUACAUAAAAGAAGGAAAUGAAGAAAUGGUUGAGAAGUUAGGGAAGGAAAUACUUGAAAUCCAGCUGAGUUGAGAAGGGAGUUGCAUCACAUUGUAUCUUGUUGUCUGCAGUACUAAUGCAGCAGAUCUGAAAGAAGUUUCAACAGACAGGAGAGGGUUGGCCAGACUUUGUGAAGCUAGAGAUUACAGUAAAAGACCCACCACCCAGGUUGACACCAGAGGAGUUAGCUGAAAGAUGAAAGAAAGUUCUAUGUUUCAAAUGUGAUGGACAUAUUUGGACCAAGACAGUGUGAGAAAUUAUUCAGUAUGAAGCAUGCUUGGAGGAGGAAGAUAGAGAUAUUGUUAUGGACAUAGAAUAUUCUGAAAUCAAAGCCCUCGAGGACAAGGGUGUCUUUUAAGUGGGGAGAAAUCAGAAAUGUUAAGAUCCUGAAUUUUUAUUUUUGUUUACUUUUAUCUAGAUUUUAUUGAGUAUUUUUUUCCCUUUAGUUUUUUGUAAUUCAAUUAAUUGGUUAGUGAGUGGAUUCCUUUAAGGAAGGAAUUCAAAUAGCGGCUUAAUUUUAGGAGAAUUUAUGGGAGUGGUUUGUUUUAGAUUUUUUAAGUUAAAUAGGAAAAAUUGAGUGAAGGGGAGAAUUGUGUACAUUGAAGGAGGUAGUAUGGAAAAUGAUUUAUUAA